GGCCGGGUUUGUGGGGUUAUGGUGAAGCUCUUCUGUCGCCAGCUGCUUGGUGUGACAAAACUGCGACUGGUUGGCUUUGUUACCCUUUGAAGGCCCCUGAGUCACACCUUAGUGCAGCCGGUGCAGCAAACGGACGGACUUCUAGCCAGGGCUGAUGUUGAUUGGACGCCAGGCCGGGGCUCCUGAGAUGGAGGAACUGGAACAGGGCCUGUUGAUGCAGCCAUGGGCAUGGCUGCAGCUUGCAGAGAACUCCCUCUUGGCCAAGGCUUAUAUCACCAAGCAGGGAUAUGCCUUGCUGAUUUCAGACCUUCAACAGGUGUGGUAUGAACAGGUGGACACUAGUGUGAUCAACCAGCGAGCCAAGGAGCUGAACAAGCGACUGUCUGCUUCCCCUGAGGCUUUUCUCUGUCAUUUGGAUAAUCUGCUUCGCCCACUGUUGAAGGACAAUGCUCCCCAUAGUGAAGCUACCUUCUCCUGUGAUCAUGAGGCAGAGGCACUGAUUUUACGGGUACGGAGUGAGCUGUCUGGUCUUCCCUUUUAUUGGAAUUUCCAUUGCAUCCUAGCUCGUCCUUCCCUGGUCUCCCAACAUUUGAUUCGUCCUCUGAUGGGCAUGAGCCUGGCAUUGCAGUGUCAAGUGAAGGAGCUAGCAACAUUGCUUCGUAUGAAAGAUCUAGAAAUCCAGGACUACCAGGAGAGUGGGGCUACACUGAGCCGAGAUCGAUUGAAGACAGAGCCAUUUGAAGAAAAUUCCUUCUUGGAACAAUUUAUGGUAGAGAAAUUACCAGAGGUGUGCAGUCUCAGUGAUGGAAGGCCCUUUGUCCUGAAUCUGCAGAGUCUGUAUAUGGCAGUCACCAAACAAGAGUUCCAAAUGGGACAGAAGCAUCAAAACAUUGGAGACCCUCAGACCUCAAGCAGUGCCUUCCUGAAAGGAAUUGAAAGCCAACUUCCAAACCAGCCAGAACAACCGGUCUCCUCAGCACCAGACUUCUCAGCACCUCAGAAAGAGCCCACAGGUACUUCAGGCCCUAUACAGAGACCUCAGCUGUCAAAGCUCAAGAGGAAGAAGCCAAGGGGGCUCUUCAGUUAACCUGGCAUGGUCUCAGCUGCUGAGGAUGGACUUGGAACAUAGCUUCCAAGCUUCUCCUUCAAAGGAGCUCACAUGACAGCAACACCUUUAAAACAGGGUUAUACAGUCAGAGGGCCACUGUAGGGGCAAGAGAAUUGAAGUUCAUGUUGACAGGUCACUUGAAUGAGGACUGUUAACCAAGGGAAGCUUGGCUCCAACCCACUGGGCAUUGGCUUUCCCUAUUUAAGUGGAAGCCAGAUUCUGAGAACCCUGUGCCCUCCUCUAUUUUAGUUCUCUAGGCCUAGGACCCUACCAUGAACUCUAGGCACAAUAUGCUCAGCAAGCUAUGGCUGUCUUUCUCAAGAGUCUCUAGCAAGUCCCAGGUGCUCCUCAGACACCCACUUCUCUCUGUAGUUUGGAAUAUAAUAAAACACACAC